UAAUACUUUGUAUCGUACCUAUUACCUACUUGUUAGUAAACCACCUUCUAGUGCCGAUAUUUUAAUUUAAAAAUAAAGAACUGAAUUAAUAGUUAGCCGAAAAGUUUGUUGAUUUUUAAUUAUAUCCUAGGUUAACGAUAAUUAAAAAUGUUUAAAAAGUUUGAUGACAAAGAUAGUGUAAUUGGUAUUCAACAGUUAAAAUCAUCAGUCCAAAAAGGUAUAAGAACAAAAAUACUUGAGCAGUACCAAUCUCUUGAUGAGUACAUAGAUCAGAUAUUACCUAAGAAGGACGCACUGAGAAUUGUAAAAUGCCAGGACCAUAUUGAAAUUAUUGUAAAUUCUGCUGGAGACUGUUUAUUUUUCCGUCAUAGAAAUGGACCAUGGUUACCAACUCUAAAACUUCUUCAUAAGUAUCCAUUUUUCCUUCCCAAAGAGCAAGUAGAUCUAGGUGCAAUUAAAUUUGUUAUGAGCGGGGCUAAUAUUAUGUGCCCUGGUUUGACGUCUCCUGGUGCGAAAAUUGAGCCUGUUCCACAAAACACUAUUGUUGCAGUAAUGGCUGAAGGAAAACAGCAUGCUCUUGCUAUUGGUAUAACUAGUCUGUCCACAGAUGACAUAUUAAAAGUCAACAAAGGAGUAGGUAUUGAGAACUGCCAUUACCUAAACGACGGACUAUGGCAAAUGAAACCUGUAAAGUAAUUAAAAUAUUACUGUGAAAUAAUUGUAUCUCAAGUACGAAUUAUUCAAAUAUACUUAAAAUAGUAUAGUAAAAUCAUAAACUGACCCAUUAAGUUAUAUUUGUGUGAAAGUAAAUGAUUGUAUACUUUUUUUUUUCAAUGAUGCAUCUACAAUAAACACCUGUAUAAUAUUA